GUUGUCCGCAUCGCAAUAAUCAAGACAGAAAACUCCAAAUUUUUUUAAAGCAGCACCUGGUUUUGGAGUCUCCACUUUGUGGAUUUUUGUCUCUUUCUGAAGAUGACAUAAAAAACCGAUUCACAAUACACAAUGAAUAUAUUAAUUUCCCUAUCAUCCACCAAUUUGGUCAAAACCAGACAUUAAAUUAUCAAAAUAUAGUCCAGAAAUCUCAACCCCAGUUUCAACCUUCCCCAACAUUGUGCACCUUUAUUGGGAAGUAAAGAAAAUAUAUUGUCUCUACUUAAUUCCCAAAGGUCAAUCAUGUUUGGUUGAGAUUAAAAUAAGUGCAUACUGUGUAGUUUUAUUAUUUCCGAAGCUUAGAAGUGACUUUAAAGUUGCCUUUCCUCACUGAACUGAUACUGCUAAUUUGUCUUCACUCAUAAAUCAUGAAUGUCUGGAAAAUCAACAUCAACAAUCUUGGUUCUAAUACUACCAUGAUUCAAUGCAAUGGAACUUCAUCGAGUUCUCACUCAUAUUACUCCAAGAUUAAUGUAAGGGAAAAGUUUGAAUUGGGAUCUUUGUUUGAUCGUUCUGUAAAUUAUUCCUGGGUUAAAAGGGAUGGAUCAGGAUGUGGACUUGCCUGCAAAUCUCUAAGAAUUCCAAGAUGCGUGGAGAAGAAUAGGAGACUGGAAGUGAGAAAUUUUACAGAAGAACAAGAAGCUUUGGUGGUAAAAUCAUGGAAUGUAAUGAAGAAGAAUGCUGGAGAAUUGGGUCUUAAGUUCUUCUUGAGGAUCUUUGAGAUUGCACCAUCUGCCAAAAAGAUUUUUCCGUUUCUGAAGGAUUCUGAGGUUCCUCCGGAGCAGAAUCCCAAGCUUAAACCCCAUGCCGUGACUGUUUUCAUAAUGACUUGUGAAGCAGCUGUACAACUUCGCAAAGCUGGUAAGGUCGUCGUGAAAGACUCAAAUUUGAAAGAUUUGGGAGCUACUCACUUCAAAUACGGCGUGGCUGAUGAACAUUUUGAGGUGACAAAGUAUGCAUUGCUGGAAACGAUAAAGGAAGCGAUUCCAGAAAUGUGGUCGCCGGAGAUGAAGAUGGCAUGGGGGGAAGCUUAUGAUCAAUUGGCAGCUGCAAUCAAGGCGGAAAUGAGACAGCCUUCAUAAGUUUCUUGAGAAGAUCAACAUAAAAUUUAUGCUUCUUUUUUUUUGUUAUCCCUAUUGUAUGAAUCUUUUGAUCCCAUUAUGAGUAUACUAUUUGGCAUUUUGUCUAUUA